AUGCAGCUCUUGAUCCUCGUCCUGCUUCCCGUGGCCUUUCGCUUUCCCCCUGGGUCUCAGGCUGCUGAGAUCAUCGGGGGCCAUGAAGCUCAGCCCCAUUCCAGAUCCUACAUGGCCUAUCUGGAUAUACGGCGCGGAAACAAUAGCUCCUUCUGCGGAGGGUUCCUGGUGGCGGAGAACUUCGUGCUGACGGCCGCUCACUGCAAUGGAGACAUCAUCGCUGUCAGGCUGGGAACCCACAACCUUAGGAAUUGGGAACACAAUGAACAGUGGAUCCCUGUCCGUCGCUCAAUCCCCCACCCACAAUACAACAGAGUGACUAUUAACAAUGACAUCAUGCUGUUGCAGCUGGGGCGCAAAGCAUGGCUCAAUGGAUAUGUCAGGCGCAUCCCCUUGCCCCUGCCCCAUCAGCGAAUGCGUCCAGGCACCGUGUGCAGCGUCGCUGGCUGGGGCCGGACUAGUGCAGACAAUAAGGUGACCUCAGGCACGCUCCAGGAGGUGGAUGUGGUGGUGAUGCAGGAUGCUGCGUGUCCGAGAGAUCCUGGUGGGAUAUACCGUAACUAUAAAGCCUCCAUGAUGAUGUGUGGGGGGGACCCAGAGAAGGGCAAAAGUUCUUUCCAGGGUGACUCUGGAGGGCCCCUGGUGUGCCAGGGAAGAGCCCAGGGCAUUGUCUCUUGGGGAUCCAAGGAUGGGACCCCCCCAGCAGUGUACACAAGAGUCUCCACCUUCAUCCCCUGGAUACGGGCCACGAUGAGGAGGCUGCAGCCCUGA